AUGCAAAGGACCAAUGCUACUACUCUGACUCCAGUUUCAUUCAUCCUGAAUGGAGUUCCAGGACUAGAGGAUAUGCAUAUCUGGAUUUCCCUUCCAUUUUGCUCCAUGUACAUUGUGGCCAUGGUGGGAAACUGUGGGCUUCUUUAUCUCAUUAGUUAUGAGGAAACCCUUCAUAAGCCUAUGUAUUUCUUCCUUGCAAUGCUUUCCCUCACUGAUGUGGCAAUGUCCACAAGCACACUGCCCAAUACACUUGGAAUCUUCUGGUUUAACCUCAAAGAAAUUGAUUUUAAUGCUUGUCUGACCCAGAUGUUCUUUAUCCACACCUUCACAGGAAUGGCAUCUGGAGUCCUUAUGCUUAUGGCUUUGGACCGCUACGUGGCCAUCUGCUAUCCACUGCGCUAUGCCACCAUCCUCACCAAUCCUAUCAUUGCCAAUGCUGGGUUUAUUACAUUCUUAAGGGGAGUGAUACUGGUCAUCCCAUUCGCCUUCCUCACUAAGCGACUGCCCUACUGCCGAGGAAAUGUCAUUCCUCACACAUACUGUGACCACAUGUCUGUGGCCAAGGUUUCCUGUGGCAAUGUUAAAAUCAAUGCUGUGUAUGGUCUCAUGGUUGCCCUCUUGAUUGGGGGCUUUGAUAUUCUCUGUAUCACAGUGUCCUACACCAUGAUUCUGAGGGCUGUGGUGAAAUUGUCAUCUGCAGAUGCUCGACAGAAAGCCUUUGGGACAUGUUCAGCUCACAUAUGUGCCAUUGUAUUCUCCUAUACCCCAGCUUUCUUUUCAUUUUUUACUCACCGCUUUGGAGGUCACAGGAUCCCCCACUCCCUCCACAUUAUCAUGGCCAAUAUCUAUCCCCUUCUGGCCCCAGCUCUUAACCCUAUUGUUUAUGGUGUGAAAACCAAGCAGAUCCGGGAUUGUGUUAUAAGGCUUUUAUUGCGAUCCAAUGAUAUCAAGUCCCGUGUUAUCUGA